AAUUCUUAUUGUUGUCCCUAAUGUGAUGGGCAUAGCUCUAUUGUCUCCACGGCUAGAUUGCCAUGGAAAUAGCGUAAGAGGAGUUGAGUUCUCGAAAGAACUCAUAAAGCUUUUUAAUUUCCACAACUAUGACAGUCUCAACCAAAUUGACAGGAAAGCGAAUCCUAGAAGACAUCAUCACGAAAGAAAAGGUCAGCAGACAGUAACCCUACUUUUUGGAUCUUAUAAAGGAGAUGUAUCAGCAUUAACAAGGCAAUAUCUAUUAGAUAUAGACAUGAAUCAAGCUGAUUACGAUGGAAGAACUGCUUUACACAUUGCUGCUGCAGAGGGUCAUAUUGAAUGCGUUGAAUUUCUAGUUAACAUUUGUAAAGUUGAUCUGAUGCCCAAAGACAGAUGGGGAUUUACACCUCUCGAUGAUGCUAUAAAAUUCAAGAAAUCUGAAGUUAGGAAUUUUUUAGAAGCGAAAUGUGAAGAAUUAAAUUACAGUUUUAGCAAUAAGUGAAAGAUGACCGUUGUUGAAUUUAAAAAUUAACUAUUAGAAGAAAAACUUACAAAUAAUCUCAUAGAAGUUAUUUUUUUGCUUCUUUCACCUUGUGCCAUUUGUUCUGUUUUAAAAUGUUUAUGAAUCUAUUUUCUUUGUUAUCCUGCUUAAAUAAUAAAAAGUAGCAAUAAAAACAAAUAAAAAAAUGAAUAAGUUAAUGAUGGCGGUCGGGAUAAACUGGUAUUGUUCAUCUGGUAGAUGGCAGCAUUCAAAGUAUACCUUUCUGGGCUGGAACAAAAGUGCUACAUUAAAGGAAAGAGUUUCUCUUACAAUGUCUGAUAGUGACGUAAGAGCUCAUCAGAGAGCUGCACGAAGGAAGAAAAUUCUCUCAAAUCCAAAAAGCAGACUUGAAAGAAUUGCUAAACCAGAUUUAAAGCCAAAUGACUUAACUAACUUGGAUGAGGAAGAUCUAUCAUACAAGUUUGGAGAACUUGAGAAUAACGAUCCAUCCGAGAGUGAGAAGCUACCUCCCUCCACUGCUGAAGAACCGGUUGAAACAGAAAGAGAUCAAUUUUUAUCUUCUCCCAUAAAUGAGCCACUUGUACCAGAAAAAUUCGUUAAAGUUGAUCAUAACGAGGGAAUCUAUAGGAAUUUUGCUAUUUUAGUGAUUUUAGGAAUCAUUACACGAAUACUUUUUUGCACUGGUUUUGGAAAUUGCGUUCUUAAGAAUAUUUGGGUUCCUUUUAUACUAAUGCAAAUAGCGAAGUAUAACUUGAAACGAAAAGAAAAGGUAAAUAAAUUGUACAACACUUUAAAUCAAAAUAAAAACAUUCAUUUGUUCUUUUUAAGAAUGAGCCAGCUGCGGAGAAAGCUUCAGUCUUGGUAGCAGCUUUAAUAUUGUCUGGUGUAAAGGCUGGAUGGAUAGAAAAAUAUAAAUCGAUUUUUACUGUGCUUUCUACUUUAAUGAAAGAUUUGAUUAUUUAUUUUUUCAGCUUUUGCGUAACACAUAUAGUGAUAAGUACAUAAAAAAACAAUAUCAUUCAUUUAACAAUGAUUUAUAUAAUUCAUUCUAUCAUUAAUUUAUAAAAUAACUAUAAUAUUAAGAGUUUACUUUAAAGAAGAUUGCAAAAUGAACUCUUGGAUUUUGGCUUCUCUACCACAGCUGGCUUUUCCGGCUCAGGAAGUCCUUUUUUUAUCAUUACGGCAUCUUUGUAAUAGAGUAUUGAAGCUCCAAUAUUGUGUUCUUCGUUGCUUUGAUUAGGAGCGAUAACAUUAACUAUAAAUUUAUAAUCAUCCUCUGUUUUAUUUCUAAAGUCAACGAAGUCGAUGACUUUUGAAUUGAUAUUGCGCCAUAUUUCUUUGUACCAAGCAUCUUUUUGAUAAUUAUCUAAAUUUAACAGCUCCGAAUUGUCUGGUUCGAAUAAGAAUUUAUCCAUCAUAUUUAAUAUAUCAUCUCCAUCAUAUUCAAUUCUUAAUUCAAGGCAGACAACCUUGUUUGAACGAAUUAAAAUAUUAGCUAAUUCACCAUGUGUAGUCCUAAAACUUUCUUCGUCAUCGGAACUUAGUCGUUCAGCAAAACCCUUUAAGAUUGCCACCUCGUCGCGAUACUCAUUUAUCCAUUUUUCUAGGACAUCCUCCAAAAAUGGACUUUUAUUGUGAUCCUCUACAAUCUUUUCCAAGUCAGAAUUAUUGUUCGAUCGUCUACUGAGGGGCACAAUUUGUUUACAUAGAUUGAUAAGAUCGUCCUUAUACUUUUUUACAUUUUGUUUGAAUUUUCUCAAUCUACGAUACAUGUGCUCAAAAUUUUGCGAAAUCUCAUCUUCAAAGAUUUCGUCUAUGACAGAUAAGCAACUGUCUAAGUAUGAUAUCACAUUUUCAAGAAAGGUUGUAAAAGCUUCUAUAUUUAAUUUAGGAGCUUCAUUUCGCAGCUUUGCUGGUAGUGCAUCGCCGCUCAAAAACGUUAGAGGAAGUAGAUAAACUUCUUGAGGGACAGCUUUCACCUUAUUCUCGCCUUCUAAGAAACUUGGUAAACUCCUGUAAAAUUCAAUUGCCUCCUCGAAUGUUGUUGGAUUUGAUUCUAGCUGGCAAUCGCAGAAAACUUUACAUUUGACUUUAGAAAUUUCGUCAGAGUCUUCAGUCUUCGCCGAACUGCCAACUUUUGCUUUACCGCUAUUAGUAAAAGUGUCAAUUUCGGCUUUCAAUUUACCUUUUAUCUCAUCCGUUUCCGAUUUACCUGUUGUUUCUUGUUCAAAAACAAUAAAAGCUUUCAUGCCAUAAGUUAUACCAACAACAACGUGAGUUGCAUAAUCUAUGUCUAAGUUUUCCGAUCUUUCGAUAUUUUCAGGACUAGUAUGAUCUAAUAAUUGAUCAAAUCUUGUCGUACUUUUAUAACGUAGUGUAACUCUUGCAACUUUUUCGGACGUUUGCGUUUCAUUCAUGUAUUUAGCAAACCCGCCAAUUUCAGCUAAGCCUAGCAUUAGAGAUAGUUUCAACUGACCUUUAGCCUCAAGAGCCUCAAUUUUAUUCUGAAAAGAAUUCUCCACUUGAACAUCAAAAUCAGUGUAGGGAUGCUCGUUAGUAUCAAUAUCUGAAUCAAGUUUCUCUCUCGACCAUAGAGUCAAGCCAGGGACGAUAGUAUCACUAUAAGCAUUGUAUAGCAUACCCAGUUGAAAAGGGCGACCUAAAGCCUGAAUAACUUCUGUUCCUUCAAUAUUACUAUUCUCCAUAUCUCGAUCGAAAAGUUUUGAAUGAUGCCUUUAUUACCUUUAUCAAACAAUUUUAAUAAAUGCGCAGAAUAUGACCAAGCAAAACCGAUUUAAAAAGUAAAUUUGUGUUUAUCAU